AUGUCUUCAGGUGGUAAAGGAAAAUCUUCUUCAGAGACCAAGUCUUCUUCCCGAUCAUCCAAGGCCGGACUUCAAUUCCCCGUCGGUCGUAUCCACAGACUCUUGAAGAAAGGUAACUACGCUCAACGAGUUGGUUCCGGUGCUCCCGUCUACCUCGCUGCUGUCCUUGAGUACCUCGCCGCUGAGAUCCUUGAAUUGGCCGGUAACGCUGCUCGAGACAACAAGAAGUCUCGUAUCGUACCUAGACAUUUACAACUUGCCGUCCGAAACGAUGAGGAGCUCAACAAACUUCUCGGAUCAGUAGUCAUCUCUCAAGGUGGUGUUCUUCCCCACAUCAUGGCUGAACUCCUCCCCGCCAAGACCAAAGGAAAGGGUGCUAAAGCUUCUCAAGAAGUAUAA